AUGGCAGCUUUCAACCUCACCCCCUCUGACUCUUCAACAUUCAUCCUAAUGGGCAUCCCUGGCCUAGAAGCUGCCCAUGUCUGGAUUUCCAUCCCUUUCUCUAUGCUCUACAUUGUCAGCCUGUUGGGAAAUUUCACAGUUCUGUUUGUUGUAAGCAAAGAGCAGACCCUGCACAAGCCGAUGUUCCUGUUGCUUUGCAUGCUGGCGCUCACAGACAUCACCAUGUCUAACUCUGUCAUGCCAAAGGCACUGUGUAUAUUUUGGUUCAAUUUGAAAGGCAUUACUAUGGGUGGAUGUCUCACCCAGAUGUUCUUCCUUCAUGCGGGUUCUACGGCACAUUCAGGCGUCCUCGUCACAAUGGCCCUUGAUCGCUAUGUUGCCAUAUGUAAACCUCUGAGAUACACCACCAUCCUCACCAAUGCACGAAUAGCUAAGCUAGGGCUAGUGGGUUUGAUAAGAGCUGUUCUCUUUAUCCUGCCUCUGCCCCUGCUCCUGAGCAGGCAUCCAUUCUGUAACAACCGCAUUAUCCCCCAUACGUACUGUGACCACAUAGCUGUGGCAAAGAUAUCAUGUGGAGACAUCACAGUCAACAAUAUGUACGGCUUGGUAACGGGGUUCCUAGUCAUCGGAUUAGACCUGACGCUCAUUGCCCUGUCCUACAGUCUGAUCAUGAGGGCUGUCCUCAGAAUCUCCUCUAAGAAAUCUCACCAGAAAGCCCUCAGCACUUGCACUGCUCACAUCUGUGUGAUGCUGACGUCUUAUACUCCCUACCUUUUCUCCAUUCUGACACACCGGUUUGGUCAGGGCAUCUCUCCCCAUGUUCUCAUCAUCUUGGCCAACCUCUAUUCCCUCGUUCCCCCCAUGAUCAACCCUAUAAUUUAUGGAGUCAAAACCAAAGAGCUUCGUGAAAAAGUGGGCAAAUACAUCUGCAGAAUGUGAUUGCCUGGGGCCAUUGACGUUAAACCUGUGUGACAAGAGGGGGAACAGGUAUCUCCUCAUUAAUCAGGGGUGCUAUGUCCCAGUUUGGCAGGGCUCAGUG